AUGUUGAAUAUGGCAGUCCAUCCAGAGAUUUACUAUCUUCCGCAGACUCGUUUUGUCCCAAACAAUAGGCUUCCUGUUCUUAUUUACCGCAAUGUGCUGCCGCAGCCACAUACGGAACUAAGUGCCCAAAAUAUGUUGGAAAAGAAUCAUUGGACGAAGAAGGGGACGUGGGGGGCAGUGCCUAGACAUCAUUUUCAUCCCAAUACACAUGAAUGCUACGGUAAGACUACUGAUCAACCAAUAGUUAAUAUGAGGUUGAUAAGCGUAGCGGUCUUCCAAGGGCAUUCAACUUUACUUAUUGGACGCGGUCCGCUCGAUAAUGACGAAGAGCCUUCAGUUUUGACUGAAUUGAAACCGGGCGAUGUUAUCAUAUUGCCGGCUGGAGUUGCACACUGCUCCAUAGAUAACGAUACAGACUAUCGCUACAUUGGUCUAUAUCCUGAGGGAUCUCCAAAGUAUAAAAAUGAGUACUGCAAGGACAUGGACCGGGUUACGGAACUAACGGAAGAAGUGAGUAAGGUUCAACUACCAAUCAGUGAUCCGGUGAUUGGGAAAGAUGGGCCCCUGAUGCAGAUUUGGGGAGCUAUUUAA